AGGCCUGUCUUUAGAGCUCGAUGAAUUGGCUGUGUCUGAAACCCUUGUAUAUUUCAGAACUAUAUGGAGGCAAAUAACUCUCAGAUUGAUGGUGAAUCACCAGAGUACAAGAUCAAUGAUCGGAGUGUUUUCGUUCAGGUUUUGGUGGCACUUUUCCUUUUUAUCAACUUCAUACUUUUCUCAACUUUUUUAAUGAAGGCUCACUUCUACACAACCAUGCGAUAUAUAUUAUUUGCUAUUACACUAUUGUCUGAUUGUACGUUUUUACUCAUAUCUAAUACCCUGAUAAUUUUAGUAAAUUUUCAAUACACCAUUCAAAUGUGGCUGUGCCUUAUUAUAUUCAUCAUGUUGUCUGUGUACACUUUUGUCACACCAGUUACUCUGACAGCAAUGACCCUGGAGCGCUACGUGGCCAUUUGCAUGCCCCUCCGACAUGCAGAGCUGUGCUCCACACGCAGCGCUCUGUACUGCAUCCUCAUCAUUCACGGCCUCAGCUCUGUACCCUGCAUUAUUAUUCUGUCCAUCUUCUUUUCAACUGUCACCCUGAGCAUUUUCAGAAAAAACAACGUCUGCACUUCAGAUGUUUUCACCCAUCAAACCUGGCAGCGUCAUUUUAGGUCAGCUAUCAGUCAGUUUUACUUCUUGAUCAUGUUUAUUACUAUUAUAUUCUGUUAUGUUAAAAUAAUGAAAGUGGCCAAAGCGGCAUCAGGUGAGAAUAAAAAGUCCACAUGGAAAGGACUCAGAACUGUAAUUCUUCAUGCUUUCCAACUGCUGCUGUGUAUCACACAGUUUUGGUGCCCGUUCAUAGAAGCAGCUGCACUUAAAAUUGAUUUCAUGUUAUAUGCUAACAUCAGGUACUUCAAUUAUAUCAUGUUUAAUCUUGUUCCAAGAUGUUUGAGCCCUCUGAUUUAUGGCCUCAGGGAUGACAAGUUUUUUCUUGCACUGAAACACCGUAUUUCCUGUGGCUUUGUCAAGAAUCCUUAGAUUUGACACUUUAACACCAUGACUCUCUCACAGAAUGACUGACUGCACAGAAAUGUAUCUUACUUACUGAAAUGAUUUCAUUUGAUAAACCUGUAAAAAUGAUGUGUACAGAAAGUGUGUGUCACAAGUAAGUUUAAUGUUUGUGGGAAAACAUCUCUUCAUCACACAGAGCACAUGACUAUGCUUACUAUGGCCUGUGAAGUUUGUUGCU